AGCUCAUGCAAGCUGUAGCAGCUUUUCUUCAGCGACUAAGCUAAUAUGCAAUUGAGCUUCAUUAUUAGACCGAGUAUGCCGUGACGGAUGCACAGGUACUACUACAGCGCGUGUUCUAGGUAGGAGCAUCAUACUUGACGGGAGCGUCGGGUCCGAGGGUAUGCCGGUACCUCCCAGUUUACUUGUGAAUGGCUUGGUUCUUCGCAGUAUUGAAAAGCCAAAACAAAGCGACUUCAAAAUACUGGGGUGUCCUUGAGUUGAUCCCACUGAUCUCUGAACUAUCGCUAGUUAUAGGACAAAGAAGUUCAUCAUUGGCAGGUCUUGAAUGUCGCACAUCCAGGUUCAAUGUUUGUAGACGAACCCCUUCCACGGAUUCAUGUAAAUCAGCUUUGCUACAAGAGAGCGAACACGGUGCUGAUAUUCCACAUUCUCUUUCCUCGUGGCCGCCCUCGUUGGUUGGGUUGCUGUCAAAUCUGGCUCCUUUGUGCAACUCGACGGGAUUGGGGUCAGACUCAAAAGGCUGCCUGGAAAUAUUAUUCUGGAUCUCUUUCCGCUCGCAGAAAGGACUGUCUAUCGAGGACGCCACGGACAUCAAGUCCAACUGCCGGCCCGUAUCUGAAAACCGCUGCAGAAGGCACCAGGUUUUGGCCAGGGAAAUCGUCCUAUCACGCCCAUCCUCUCAAUCCGACCGGACAUUCAAACUGUAUCGCAUAGCCUACAACUCGCAGAGCAACCACGGAUAGGGCUUGAGGAUUGACGCCGAUCAACGCCUUCGAGGCAGCUGCUCAAGGGAAUACGAACGAAAAGAACCGAGAUGGUAUGAUGCCUGCUGGCACCCAGCCACGGGGUCCG